AUGAAGGCUAAAGUUGAAAAGGAGUUUCAGGCUGACGUUAAGUCAUUUUCUCAGAUGGUGCCAUGCACAUCAAGGUAUCCCAUGGAGAAACAAUUUCAAGAAGUGUACACAAUCUCAAAAUUCAAGGAGUUUCAGGAUGAGUUCACAGGGAAGAUGUAUUGUGAGGUUGUGUCUAUCGAAGAGGGAUCGCUGGGUACGAAACAUAUUGUCACAAUAUUGAUUCGAAGUGGUAUUAGAUCACUUCUUGACAAGUAUAUCUUAAGGCGAUGGAGGAAAGAUGUCAGUAGAUCCUACACGAGAGUGAAGAUCAAUUACAACAGUUGGAUUAGUACGCCUAGCCAGUUAAGAUAUGAUAAGUUGUGCAGUGUGUUUGCGAAGGUAGCAGACUUGGUUGCGGAUGAUGAAGAUUGUACCAAGGCAACUAUGGAGUGGAUGAAAUCUCAAUUGACUGCAUUGAGCAUAUCUAAUGCGAAGCCAAGUUGUGGUAGCAAUACACAUGUUGAAGACAAUGUGCAAGAACAAGUUCCUGAUCCUGGACAGGCCACUAUAGCUUCAAGCGGGCAAAUUUUUUAUCCAAAAUGCUUGCAGACAAAGGGAGCCCCUAGGAAAAUUUGUAAGAAGGGCCUAUUGGAAAUGAGUUCCAAGAAAGAAAGGAAGGGCCCAAUGGAAACAAGUUCCAAGAAAGCGAAGGUGGGAUCCUCAAAAGUAAACCAAGGCAAUGCUCCCAUGCAAAACAUUGUUGAAGACGGUCAAGCAUUCAGUGAAGGUGAUGGAUAUGGAAGUACAUGGAUGGCCAGCAUCCAAGAUGGUUUCAACCACCAAUGA